GACUCCAUAUAGAGUAAAAGACAUUUAAAACACCACUCCAUAUACUUUUCGCCAAUGUGCGACACAAAUCUCGCACAUUGGCGAAAAGCAUAAGCUAAAACCCCCAUUUCAACCAGAUCUGAAAAACGAAAAUCAAAACAAACCGAAAGUAUUUCUGAAAAAAAGUAAACAAACUACCAACACAUCCAAUCAAAGAGAAAACUGUAGAAUCAAAGAGAGACAAUGCCUCCAAAGAGAAGAGCUACGAGGGCAGCAGCAAAAGCAAAAGAAGCUGAACCGACUACGGAGGCAGAAACCACUGUGGAACAACCACCAGUGAAGAAGACUAGGAGAAAAACUAGAAGCAAGAGAAAUGGGGAGAGUGCAAAUAACUCAAUAGCUGACAGUGUAGCGUCCACCCCAAAGGCUUCUAAAACUGAUACAACGGCACCAAAAAAGACACCAGUCACUGAAUCAACCAAAGCUGAAUCUCCAAAGACAACCAGCCUUGAGAUUUCGAACGUCCCAACAGCUGAACAACCAUCAAAAACAGUAUCGAAGAAGCAAGAUGCAGAGAAGCCUUUGCUAUCUUUGAAAUCUCCAGUAAAGAGACCAUCUCAAUUGCAACCUUCUGUCUCACCAAGGAAACCAUCUACCACGAUUAAGAGCGAUUUGUUAGAUGCGAAAAAAGCAGAAGCAGUUAUCCAUAAGGCAUUCACAGCUAAGGACCUUCCGAAGCUUACCAGUGUCUUGAACGAUUUGAAAACAACAAGAGCAGAUCAAAUCUUCAACGAAUUCAAAGCAUCAGCAGAGAUACGUUUCAAGACGUCAGAUGAUUUAAUCUCAUCUUUGACCUCAAGAAAUAAACAAUUACAACAAGAGGUGACAUUGUUGAAAGAACGCCUCGAUCAACUGGAGAGCGGAACAACACAAGGACUGAAUGAGGAAGCUCAAUAUGAGAAUGAAUUGAUUUUGGAUAUGAUUGAACAGAUCGUCGGUUUAAGAUUACACCGUGUUGAAGAAACUGACGAUGCACUGUCUUUUGAUUGUUCUCAAUCAGGGAAGAAUGGAAUUUUGGAUUAUAAGCUUACAAUUUCAAAGGAGGAUUCUUCAGAUUUGAUCUAUACCCCAAUGAAUUCCGAAGAUGAAUCAUCAAAACUUUCCAAGUUCCUCCCAGAGUACUUCUUUGAUAAUUUGACAUUCCCAUUGGACACGCUCCAGCAGUUUUACCAAAAGAUCCACAGAGGUUUGAACAAAUGAGUUUAUGUAUAUUGUAUUCACAUAGACACAGUUAUUUUAAUUCCAGCGUACCAUCUUCCUUGAUGAUGAUUUUCUUUAAAAGUGAUUUCUUAUCAUCUUUUGUCAUCUUCUUCAAUGCCUUGUAGAGGUCCUUUCCUUUGUAUUCUUUCAAGGAAGGCUUUGUCACUUUGUCAGUCUUCGUAUUGUUCUUCUUUACUGAUUCCUCCGGCUCAUCCUUUUUCUGCUGUUGUGGUUGUUUUUGCUGUGCCUGCUGCUGAGGUUGCUUCUUUUUCGGUCUAUACAAAGCCUUUUGGUACUUUUCAUCCUCAGUUAUACACUGGGUAUGCUUUCUGUAAUCAGAACCGUUAAAAGUUGUAGAACAAUCAAUACAUGUGAAGUAAGCACCACGGCA